AUGAUAAACUAUCUUAUGCCACCAAAACCACUAGAUAAGAAUCUUGCUUCCCAAAAAGAAGAGCUACAUAGUUUCAAAGAACAAGUAAUAGAAGGCAUGCAACAGUCCAUAACUCUUACUGAAGCAACAAAUAUUAUGGACACUACAACAAAGAUCCAAGAUACAGCAGGUCAGCAAACUCAUCAAACACUGACAGAGGAAAACACAAUCCAGAUCUCGGAGGAAGACCAAGCUAGGAUUUAUCAGCCAUGGAAAUUCUCACUCAUUAUUAAACUCAUUGGUAUGAGAAUUCAACAUCACAUCUUAAAAAGAAAAGUCCAGGAAGUGUGGAAGAUCCCAAAAAACUUCCCCUUGAUCGAUUUGGAUGCAGACUACUACAUAGCCAAAUUUAAUUGUCAAGAACACAUGGUUAAAGUUCUAAGUUUUGGACCAUGGUUCAUUUUUGGCCAUGUCCUCUCCAUCCAAAGAUGGAAACCUAACUUUGUGGCAACGGAAUUUAAAAACUCUCUCACUGCUAUAUGGAUUCGUCUGCCACGAUUGCCCACUGAGUUUUAUGGUGAGAUAGUCAUGGCAAAAAUUGGUAAUGCCAUUGGUAAACUAUUGAAAGUUGAUGCGUGCACUUCUUCCACUAUAUGA